CUCCGCCAUCUUAGUCGACGCAUGCGCAGACGCUGAUUCCCUCAGGUCUUUCCAGUGCGUCUGCCUUAGCCAUGCCACCCAAAAAGGACAAGCCUGCUGCUGCUGGCGCUAAGAAGCCAGCACCAGCAAAGAAGCAGAAGGUUGCAGCUGCCCCAGCUAAGAAGACCGCCCCCAUUAAGGGAGUUGCCAAGCCCGCAAACAAGAAUGUGAAGAGACUAGGAGGCAAGGACCCUAAGAAGGGCAAGGGUGGAGCAGUCAAGAAGGCUAGGAAGAUGGCAACCAAGGUUGUCAACGGGCCCCGUGGUACCCGCGUGAAGAAGAUCAGAACCAACAUCCGCUUCCGCAGGCCCAAGACCCUUGAACUGCCAAGGAACCCCAAGUACCCCAGAAAGUCAACCCCCAGAAAGCCAAAAAUGGAUUGCUUCAAAAUCAUCCAGUAUCCUCUUACCACUGAAUCGGCGAUGAAGCUGAUUGAGGAUAACAACACCUUGGUCUUCAUUGUGCACCGCAUGGCCAAUAAGAACCACAUCAAGGCUGCUGUCAAGAAGCUGUAUGAGAUCGAUGCAGUCCGGGUGAACACACUCCACAGACCUGAUGGCUUGAAGAAGGCAUACGUAAAGCUUGCACCAGACUACGAUGCCCUCGAUGUUGCUAACAAGAUCGGUAUCAUAUAAAUGCUUAUAAAGUGGUUACAAGGACA